AGGGGGAAAGCUCGAGGGUUUAUAUACCCGAGAUGAUGAGUGAAACACCAAACAAGAUAAGCGGAGAGCCGCAUACAAUAGUGGACCAAGGCGGUCAAGUCUGGAUGAAACCAGGGGCUGCGUAUCAGCCCGAGCCAAAAAGGGGAAAGAAGGAAACGUGAGGGUCCAAGGUGUAUCGCCGUGGCCCUAAGUAGGCGGUGUCGUCGUGGCGCCGGCUACACAUGACCUAUGACCUGAAGGUUUUGAAGCUUCUAGGCUUCAACAUGGUUAGAAAACAUGUCAAGAUCGAGCCGGAUCUCUUCUAUUAUGCCUGCGACAAAAUGGGCUUGAUGGUAUGGCAAGACAUGCCCUCGAUGAACCCAGAUUCGCCAGAUCCAACGCCCAAUCAGCAAACCGAAUUUGCCCGGCAAAUGAAGUUGAUGGUCACGACACAUUUAAAUUUCCCAUCAAUAGUCACUUGGGUCCUCUAUAAUCAAGGAUGGGGACAACUCAACAGGACUGAAUUCGGAUUGACAUCGAUGGUGAAAACCGUGGAUCCCACUCGGCCAGUCAUCUCCGUUUCAGGUUUUAACGACUUUGGCGCCGGCGACUUUCACAAUAACCACCAUUACCCAAAUCCACAGUGUGGAGCCCCCUUUUAUUCUCUGCCAUCAACACCCCAUGAUCCAACGAGAAUUGCUGUCCAGGGAGAAUUCGGCGGAAUCGGACACAUCCCACCCCGUGAAAAUCUUUGGAACGUACCAAGUCAGCUCGACACUCUGAAUCAAACCAACGAGAUUACGUCCAAUCUCGAAAUCUGGAACUACAGAGCUACCCGCUUCAUACAGGACCUGAGGGAUCAAGCCCUAUUUUUUAGCUGUAGCGGAGGCGUAUACACUCAAACCACUGACGUUGAGGGAGAAGCUAACAGACUACUCACUUACGAUCGCAGGAUUCUCCGACCCAAUAUUCAAAGAUGGCAAAGACUAAUCUCAGAAAUAUAUGCUGCCCCGCAUCAAGCCGCUGCUGCCUAUGGGGCGUCCAAAGCCAAGCCGGUCGAGUUCUCAGUCACCCUUGCAAACCAAUGAAGCAGAGGUGCUGCAAGUUGACCUCUCUUCUUCUUAUUCAUCCCACCGGACUUUCUCUGAUUAGCUUUCUCAUCUCUAAGCCUUUCUCUUUUUUUCACAACUUGCUUCUUUCCAAUUUAUUUUUUCCUCUAUCGCAAUUCUUCCUCAUUUUUGUUUCUCCUUGAACAUUCUUCUUGCUCCACUAUUCCUUUUCCUUCAUGCUUGUAUUUUUCUGUUCUAUUACCUGAUGCACAGUUAAACCAAUUGUAUCAAGUAUACCUAUGGUUGGCUGGUCCAAGCAAUUAACACCCAUCACUUCU